UGGGCUGGGAACUGUCCAAUCAGGCACGUAGCUUGAGCGAAGAGGACGGCUUCCGGGAUGUGGCGGGAUUUGUCGGAUCCUUUGUCUCUAAAUGCAGCUGGAGUUCCAGGUCUCGUCUUCACUGCUCUGUGUCCUCUGCUCCUAGAGGCCCAGCCUGUGUGGCUCUGUGACCUGCAGGUAUUGGGAAUCCACAGCUAAGACGCCGGGACCCCCUAGAAGCCUAGAAAUGGACGACCUGAGAUAUGGAGUGUAUCCUGUCAAGGGGGCAAGUGGAUACCCUGGGGCUGAGAGGAAUCUUCUGGAGUACUCUUAUUUUGAAAAGGGGCCGUUGACAUUUAGGGAUGUGGUCAUAGAAUUCUCUCAGGAGGAGUGGCAAUGUCUGGACACUGCUCAACAAGAUUUGUAUAGGAAAGUGAUGUUAGAGAACUUCAGAAACCUGGUGUUCUUGGCAGGUAUUGAUGUCUCUAAGCCAGAUCUGAUCACCUGUCUGGAGCAAGGAAAAGAUCCCUGGAAUAUGAAGAGACACAGUACGGUAGCCACACCCCCAGUUAAAUGUUUUCAUUUUGCCCAGGACCUUUGGCCACAGCCAGGCAUAAAAGAUUCUUUCCAAAAAGCGAUACUGAGAGAAUAUGGAAAAUACGGACAUAAGGAUUUACAGUUAAGAAAAGGCUGUAAAAGUAUGAAUGAGUGUAAUGUGCACAAAGAAGGUUAUAAUGAACUAAACCAGUGUUUGACAACUACCCAGAGCAAAAUAUUUCAAUGUGAUAAAUAUGGGAAAGUCUUUCAUAAAUUUUUGAAUUCAAAUACACAUAAGACAAGACAUACUGGAAAGAAACCUUUCAAAUGUAAAAAAUGUGGCAAAUCAUUUUGCAUGCUUUUACACCUAAGUCAACAUAAAAGAAUUCAUGUUAGAGAGAAUUCUUACCAAUGUGAAGAAUGUGGCAAAGCUUUUAAAUGGUUCUCGACCCUUACUAGACACAGGAGAGUUCAUACUGAAGACAAAUCCUACAAACAUGAAGAAUGUGGAAAAGUUUUUAACCAGUCCUCAACUCUUACUAGACAUAAAGUAAUUCAUACUGGAGAGAAACACUGCAAAUGUGAAAAAUGUGGCAAAGAUUUUAAGCAGUCCUCACACCUUACUAAACAUAAGAUGAUUCAUACUGGAGAGAAACCCUACAAAUGUGAGGAAUGUGGCAAAGCUUUUAAUUGGUACUCACACCUUACCAGACAUAAGAUAAUUCAUACUGGGGAGAAACCCUACAAAUGUGAAGAAUGUGGCAAAGCCUUUAAUGUAUUUGCAACCCUUACUAGACAUAAGAUAAUUCAUACUGAAGAGAAACCCUACAAAUGUGAGGAAUGUGGCAAAGCUUUUAAACAGUCCUCAAACCUUACUACUCAUAUGAAAAUUCAUUCUGGAGAGAAACCCUACAAAUGUGAAGAAUGUGGCAAAGCUUUCUUCCGAUUCUCGUACCUUACCACACAUAAGAUAAUUCAUACUGGAGAGAAACCCUACAAAUGUGAGGAAUGUGGCAAAGCUUUUAACUGCUACUCCUACCUUACUGCACAUAAGAUGAUUCAUACUGGGGAGAAACCCUACAAAUGUGAAGAAUGUGGCAAAGCCUUUAAUGUAUUUGCAACCCUUACUAGACAUAAGAUAAUUCAUACUGAAGAGAAACCCUACAAAUGUGAGGAAUGUGGCAAAGCUUUUAAACAGUCCUCAAACCUUACUACUCAUAUGAAAAUUCAUUCUGGAGAGAAACCCUACAAAUGUGAAGAAUGUGGCAAAGCUUUCUUCCGAUUCUCAUACCUUACUACACAUAAGAUAAUUCAUACUGGAGAGAAACCCUACAAAUGUGAGGAAUGUGGCAAAGCUUUUAACUGCUACUCCUACCUUACUGCACAUAAGAUGAUUCAUACUGGGGAGAAACCCUACAAAUGUGAAGAAUGUGGCAAAGCUUUCUACCGAUUCAUAUACCUUACUACACAUAAGAGAAUUCACACUGGAGAGAAACCCUACAAAUGUGAAGAAUGUGGCAAAGCUUUCUACCGAUUAUCUUACCUUACUACACAUAAGAUGAUUCAUACUGUAGAGAAACGCUACAAAUGUGAGGAAUGUGGCAAAGCUUUUAACUGGUACUCACGCCUUACUACACAUAAGAGAAUUCAUACUGGUGAGAAACCCUACAAAUGUGAAGAAUGUGGCAAAGCCUUUAGUGUAUUUUCAACCCUUACUAAACAUAAGAUAAUUCAUACUGGAGAGAGACCCUACAAGUGUGAAGAAUGUGGCAAAGCCUUUAAUGUAUUCUCAACCCUUACUAAACACAAGAGAAUUCACAAUGGAGAGAAACCCUACAAAUGUUUAGAAUGUGGCAAAGCUUUCUACCAAUUCUCAUACCUUGCUACACAUAAGAUGAUUCAUACUGGAGAGAGACCCUACAAACAUGAGGAAUGUGGCAAAACUUUUAACUGUUCCUCACAAGUUACUCGAAAUAAGAUAAUUCAUACUGGAGAGAAACCCUACAAAUGUGAAGAAUGUGGCAAAACUUUCAAAAAGUCCUCAAACCUUACUAAUCAUAAGAUAAUUCAUACUGGAGAGAAACCCUACAAAUGUGAAGAAUGUGGAAAAGCUUUUAACCAGUCCUCAACUCUUACUAGACAUAAGAGAGUUCAUACUGGAGAGAAACUGUACAAAUGUGAAGAAUGUGGCAAAGCUUAUAACUGGUCCUCAAACCUUACUAAACAUAAGAGAAUUCAUACUGGAGAGACACCCUACAAAUGUGAAGAAUGUGGCAAAGCUUUUAACCAAUCUUCAACCCUUACUAUACAUAAGAUAACUCAUAUUGGAGAAUAACAUUACAAAUGUGAAAAAUGUGGCAAAUCUUAUAACCGAUACUCAUGCUUUACUACACAUAGGAGAAUUCAUGCGGAAGAGAAAUUCUACAAAUGUGAAGAAUGUGGCAAAGGCUUUAACUGGUCCUCUACCCUUACUUGUGGGAAGCAACCCACCCAGGUGCUAAGGCAAGAAACCGAGGGCACGAAUUGUUCCAGUAUAAUAAAAUGUUAUAAAAUAAGAAUAGUUAUGCUAGAUGUAGAUAAUAGAUAUUAUAUAUGAAUAUCAUUAAUCAUUAGUUUGUAGCAAUUACUCUUUAUUUCAAUAUUAUAAUAAUCCUUGCUCUAUAAUCAUAAACCUAGGGAAAACCAGGCCAUACAGAGAUAGGAGUUGAGGGGACAUAGAAGUGACCAGAAGACAAGUGUGAGUCCUCUGUCAUGCCCGGACAGUGCCACCAGAGGGCUCCUUGGUCUAGCAGUAACACCAGUGUCUGGGAAGAUGCCCUUUACCAAGCGGACCAUGGUCUAGUGGUAGCAUCAGUGCCAAGGAAAAGCACCCGCUACUUAGCAGACUGUGAAAGGCAGUCCCCCUUUCCCAGGGGAGUUUAGAGAAGACUACUCCACUAGGCCCGCCUGCAGUUAUCCAGAGGCCUAACCGUCUCCCUGUGAUGCUGUGCUUCAGUGGUCACUCUCCUAGUCCGCUUUCAUGUUCCAUUGUGUACACCUGGCUUUGCCUUCUAGAUAGCAGUAGAAAAAUCAGUGAAAGUACUAAAAACCUCUGCUAUGAAGAAAUAAUGGCAUGGGCUGUGUCCUCUCUGUCUCUCUGUCUCUCUGCCUUGGCUGCCAAACAGGGAAGGGCCCCCUGUCCAGUGGACACAUGACUCAUGUGACCUUGUCAAUCAUUGGAGAUGACUAGCACUCCUUACCCUGCCCCUUUUGCCUUGUAUCCAAUAAGUAACAGUGCAGCCAGGAAUUCGGGGCCACUACAGGUCUCUGUGUCUUGGUGGUAGUGGUCUCCCAGGCCCAGCUGUCUUCUUUUUUUUUUUUAAUCUCUUUGUCUUGUGUCUUUAUUUCUACAAUUGCUCAUCUCUGCACACAGGGAGAAAAACCCAACAAUCCUGUGGGGCUGGACCCUACAUUUACUAAAGAUAAAAAAGAGUUUGGGUGUGGUGGCUCACACCUGUAAUCCCAGCACUUUGGGAGGCUGAGGUGGGCAGAUCACCUGGUCAGAAGUUUGAA